AUGGAAUCAAUCAUUCUCCCUUCGCCGGGUCUUCACGAUGUAAUUGAAACCUUGCAACAAGAUGCUCCCGAUAAAUCAAAUGUAACCAUCAAUCGAGCUCGAUUGGCUUCAUUUUCAACAACUCGAGAUUCGAGUAUCUCAUGGGGUCGACGACAUCAUCAUGGUUCUUGGCUACAUUCCUUGGGAUGUGCGAGCAUCAUGCUGCUCUGUCCAAUCAUUGUCAUAUUCUACUGGAUUGCACUUUCACGCUUUGAAGGAUCUCUAACUUCAGCGUACAAAUCCAUGGCCAUGGUUGGACCCAUCAAUUUCCUAUGGCAACAUGCACCUCGAGGAAAUUUGAGAACGAAUGUUGGUUAUGGAACGUGGUUGUUAUUCCAAGCCCUCCUGUACCAAUUUUUACCUACCCAAUUGAGUACGGGUCAACUCACGCCAGCUGGAAAUCUUCUUAAAUAUCGUACAAAUGGUCUUUCAGCUUGGUUUGUCACUCACGCUUUGUUCCUCAUCUCGUCGUAUUGUGGACUCUUGGAUCCAGCAAUUCUCGCAAAACACUGGCAAGCGUUAUUGGUCUCGGUGAAUGUUUAUGGGUUCCUAUUAUCCGGAUUUGCUUAUUUGAAAGCUCACAUGUGUCCCACUCAUGAAGGCGAUCGAAAAUUCAGUGGAUCCGUCUUGUACGAUUUGUACAUGGGAAUCGAAUUAAAUCCUAGAUUCGGAAAUCAUUUCGACUUCAAAUUAUUCCACAAUGGGCGACCUGGGAUAAUUGCCUGGACUCUGAUUGACAUGUCCUUCAUCGCGUAUCAGUAUCAAAACUACGGAUAUAUCACCAAUUCCAUUAUUCUUAGCACUUUUCUACACGGUCUCUACGUUGUGGACUUCUUUAUCAACGAAGAUUGGUACCUUCGAACCAUCGAUAUCUGUCAUGACCACUUUGGUUUCUAUCUCGCAUGGGGAUCCAUUGUUUGGUUGCCAUCCAUGUAUACCCUUCAGACUCAAUAUCUUUCAAGAUAUCCUCACUCUCUAUCACCUCUUAGCGCCGUGAUGUUGUUUACCUCAGGUGUCAGUGGUUACAUCAUUUUCCGAAGCGUCAAUCACCAAAAGGAUCUCGCUCGUCGCACCAAAGGUAAUUGUCAACUUUGGGGUGCUCCAGCAGAUGUUUUACACGUCAAAUAUCGAACUAAAGAUGGCAAAGAACAUGAUAGCAUUCUUCUUUGCUCUGGUUGGUGGGGUAUGGCGAGACAUGUCAAUUAUUUGGGCGACCUCAUCCUUUCUUAUUCCAUGUGUGCAGCUUGUGGUACACAUAAUUUGUUACCAUGGACAUAUGCAAUUUUCAUGACGAUUCUGUUAAUUCAUCGCUGCUGGCGGGAUGAGGAGAGAUGCUCAAAGAAAUAUGGGAAGGGGUGGGAAGCUUAUUGUCAGAAAGUGAGGUGGGUUAUCUUGCCAGGUAUUUAUUAG